GACACGGAGGGAUGGAGGGUGGGACGGAGGGCGGGCGGCCGCCGGUUGCCCUGGCGAAGGCGACGCCACAGGGGCCUCCGCGCGGACAAAAUGUCGGCGGGCGGCAGCGGCGGGGCCCGGCAGGACGGGGACACGCCCGGGGUGCGGAGAGCGGCCGGCGGCCCCCCGCCGCCCGCGGGGCCCGGCGCGCUGAGCGGAGCCUGGCUGGCCAAGGAGGAGCAGUACAAGCGACUGAAUGCAGAAUUAGAAGCCAAAACAGAAAAACUGGUGCGUCAGGCUGAAGAGCUGAUGAAAGGCCAACAGAAGUUACUAUCUCGACCAGUUUCAGUACAGUCUAAGUCACCUGAAGAUGACAGACAGAGAGAUCCACUCUUCCACUCCAGUCCUGAAGUUUCAUCUCCUACACACUCACAUGCCAAGGUAGCAAGCAAGAAGAAAUGUGCUGCUGCAUUCACAGAUCAGAACAGACAGUACUCUGGAAGUAAGGGAAAAAGAACAACUGCAAGUUCAAAAAUAAGAAACAUGGAAGUGCAAAGUGCUGAUGGUGUUGCAGUACUGGAAGAUUGCAUAGGUUUUUCUUUAACAAAAGCAAUAAGCAAAGUUGAAGAAAAACUAAAGAAAGGAGUCUUACCAGAUUGUCCAGAUGAUGAUAUUAUUCCAAGUGUUGGAAAUGAAAUGGGAGCAGAAGCUCAAAUCAGAUUUCUGAAGGCAAAGUUACGUGUUACACAGGAAGACCUGGCAAGUGUAGUGUUUGAAUGCAAGAAAAAGGAUGAUCAAAAUCAGAAUUUAGAAACUCGGCUUAAAGAUACUGAAGAAGAAAACUCGAGACUGCAGCGAACGAUCAGCGUGCAGCAGAGUCAGACUGAGAAGUACAAAACGUUGUCACAGGAAGCAAACAAAAAAAGUGAAGGGUUACAACAAGAAGUCAUUGCACUAGAAAAGGAACUGGAGAACCUAAAGCGGGUCCAAAAGCAGGCCACAGCCAGUCAGAGUGCCACAGAGGUUCGACUGAACAGGGCCCUGGAGGAGGUGGAAAGGUAUAAAGUGGAGCUGAACAAACUGAAGCAAAGCAACAAGGAUGUAGCUAACCAAGAACUCAAAACAAUUGAAGAAUUAAAAACAGAAAACAAGAAACUGCAGAAACAAAAAGGAGAGCUAAUUACAGGUUUUAAAAAGCAGUUAAAGUUAAUUGAUAUUUUUAAGAGACAAAAGAUGCACAUUGAAGCUGCCAAGAUGCUUUCUUUUACUGAAGAGGAAUUCAUGAAAGCUCUUGAGUGGGGAAAUUAUUGAUUCCAUUAAAAAACAGCUUCUGUUUGAAAGACAA